AGUGGUUUGACAGCUGACAGGAAGGCGACGUACGGCGGAUGAUCCCGGGAACUACUGAGCCAGAAACAAAUAAAUAAAGGAUUAAUAUCGACGCACCACCCGUUUAAGCCCCACGAUAGAAUACACCAUGUCUAGACAAUCCAACCGAACGACGGACAACAAGAAGAUGAACUCGGAGUUGUUCACUCUGACAUAUGGGGCGCUGGUUACUCAGCUGUGUAAGGACUACGAGAAUGAUGAGGAAGUCAACAAACAGCUGGAUAAGAUGGGUUAUAACAUUGGAGUGCGUCUCAUCGAAGACUUCUUGGCGCGCUCCAGUGUUGGCAGGUGUCAGGAUUUCCGAGAAACAGCCGAUGUCAUUGCUAAGGUAGCGUUUAAGAUGUACCUGGGCAUCACCCCCAGCGUGACCAAUUGGAGCCCUGCAGGAGAUGAGUUCUCCCUCAUCUUGGAGAACAACCCGCUGGUGGACUUCGUGGAGCUGCCGGACAACCACAACAUGCUGAUCUACUCCAACCUACUCUGUGGAGUCCUGAGAGGUGCCCUUGAGAUGGUCCAGAUGGCCGUGGAUGUGAGAUUUGCACAGGACACACUGAGGGGUGACAACGUGACAGAAAUCCGUAUGAAGUUCAUCAAGAGGAUCGAAGAGAACUUGCCUGCUGGAGAUGAGUGAUGGAUUGUAGAGAACUGCUUCUUCAGCCUCUCAUCUUCCUCCUCCUCUCUUUGUCACUUUGGAAGGUGAGGGACUGAUGCAUGGAAUUCCUUCACACAGAGACUGGAAAAAAAUGACUGUAGAGAAGUCAAGAAAUCAAGUCCAACAGCGCCUCUCAUCAGUCGAAAGCGUCUUUCCUUUCCUUGUGACCUUGACGUCUGUGUUGAAAGAUACAGGAUUGACAGGUGGGGAAAUGAAUGAGUGCAAAAAAGGCUACAAUUUAAACAAAAAGAAAUCAUCCUCAUUUUCUAGCAUCCCCAUUUUUAUAUUCUUUUUUUUAUCUUUUAGUUUUAUUCUAAGGAGAGGAUGCAGUGAUUUAGAAAAGGCUUCUGCAUUUCUGCUAAGAUGGUAGUGAAGACUAUUCUACUGAACUAUAACCCAUGGUGGGAAAAUGGCCUCUCAAACUUGAGUUCUCUAUGAGCGAAAAUGAUUCCUUCCACUUUGGGUUUGUUCUGUUUUCUGAAGAAUGUCCAAGUUUGAAUGAGGAGUAAUUUUCGGGUUGGGGUUAUCGAGCGCAAACUCCUUGGGCCAAUUAUCUCUUACCAUGACAUGCAGAAAGAGACUUUUUCGUUUGAAUUUGAGGCGUUCAUCAUGCAGCUUGGAGGAAUGACACGUUUCCAUUGGUGUCAUCUUUCAAGCCAGGCUGAAAACCCUUACAUUUAAAUCUGGUUUUAUGUUUGUCUGUUUUCGUUCAAUAUUGCUGUCAACCAUAGGGCAUGUUAAUUUAUGUAACUGAAUAUGUUGUUUAAUAAAUUGGACA